AUGCUUCUUGUUCUACUGCCGACAGAAUUGCUUCUACAGCUAGUCAUGUUUCUAGAAAAGGAAACAGACAUUAGCUCGUUGUCUCGAACAUGUAUCCGUCUUUAUAGUCUCCUAGACUCAUUGCUAUAUCGCCACAAUGCCCAAACUUCAGGUAGCUCCGCUAUUUUAUGGGCCGCCAAAAUGGGGAACGAGACUACAGCUCGGUUAUCCAUGCGAGAAGGAGGUGAUAUCAACGUGGUAGAUGAUACUGGGCGGACACCUCUAUCUUACGCUGCAGCAAAAGGAUUCCAGGCUGUGAUUGAGUUGUUGAUUGAAACAGAGAAUUUAAACUUGGACUCAAUGGACCCUAGGGGCUGGACACCAUUGUUCUGGGCUGCAGAAAAUGGCCACGAGGCGGUGGUAAAGUUGCUACUUGAGACGAGGAACGUUAGUAUAGACCCAAAGGACUUUUGGGGUCGGACCCCGUUGUCUAUGGCUGCACAAAACAAUCAUGAUACUGUGGUGAAGCUCCUACUUAAUACGGGAAAGGUUGAUAUGGACUCAAGGGGGUAUUGGGGUCGAACUCCGUUAUCUUACACUGCAGCAAAGGGAUACAAUACCGUGGUGGAGCUGUUGAUUCAGACGGAUAAAGUGAACGUGAACUCAAUGGAUCCUAGAGGCUGGACGCCAUUGUUCUGGGCUGUAGAUAAUGGGCAAGCGGCAGUGGUGAAGUUGCUACUUGAGACGGAGAAGGUUAAUAGAGACUUAAAGGACUUUUGGGGUCGGACCCCACUGUCCAUAGCUAAUCAAAACGGACAUAAGGCAGUAGCAGAGCUUUUGAGUCACACCUGA